UUUAAAAGGAAAAAAAAGGUAAUAAAAGUAGCAUUUAUGCAAGACUACUGGAUAGGACUGAAACUCUGGGACUCUAUGCCUUAAGUCAAAUCAUAGUUUUGACCUCUUUGAUUUAGUUCUGUUACAGCAAACAGAUCUAAGUUUUUGAAAUUUCCUUAAGAAAAGAAGAUUUUUAAAUCCUUGCCCGAACGUUCCGAAGAAUUUAGGGAGUUCAAAGAGCAGGGGGUGAUCAUUGUAUCGACAGUUUGAAGCAGACUAUAACAGGAAGACAAGACAGACAAACCAGAACAAAGAAAUGCCAGAGCCAUCAAGUUUUCAUAACUCUCAGCCAUUGCAAGUUAAUCUAGAGAAUAUAUCCCAGACUAAACAUGAUGCUUACGGUGUUUCAUACCAAAAACCAAUGCCACAAUCUUCUGACUCCCAAGGAUAUCCACCUAUGUACACACCAAUGAGUGAAGAGAGUCAUGACGUUUUACUACCUCGUUACACCUAUGGUCAGCAGCAGUUCUCUCAGCCUGUCCAGUACAUUGUCCAACCUGGAUCUAGAUACAUUUCUCAGAUAGAGAGAGCUCGCCCUGUGCGUGAUUACUUCUAUUUAAGCCUAUUCGUUACGCUGUUCUGUUGUUUGCCAUUAGGAGUUAGGGCCAUAAUUCAAUCCCGCAGGACAAGAAAGCUUGCAGAUCAAGGACGAUACGCAGACGCCCAAAACAGUUCAAGGUGUACAUUGUCUCUGAUCAUCGUAUCUAUAUUUUUAGGUAUUAUAUUGACUAUAGCUUUUACUGUCUACCGUUUUACAGAUGAUAAGGAUGAAUUUAAUGAUCCUUAAAUAAAUAUAUUCUUGUGUGGCAAAAGUAUGAGUAAUGUGUGUCAUUGUCACGUGGGGUAGGGAGUCUAGGCUGUAUAGAAGUGAAAACAGGAAGAUGUUUACAAACUAGUAGCUUUUAUUUUCUUUUUAGGGUAUAAAAUUAGUUUAAUGAGUUUUUAAGUUUGAAGCUUCAUGUAAAGUAUACAUUUAUGUAUUUUUUUAAAUUUCAAUUAUAUUAUAAAGCGUAUUAUUGCUUUGUAUAUUGUAUGUGUUCAAUGUUUUCAUGAUUUUUAACGCAUGAAGUAUUAAAAUAUUUUAUUUUGUAAA